CCUCUCUGUUCAAGAGAGAAAUAAAAACUAGAAAUAUACUUUUAAAAAGAGAAAAAGUGACGUUUAACUCUGAAUAUGCAGAGUUCAGUUUGGCUAUGUGUGCUCUUGCAUACUCGUAUACCAUGAACUGUACAAAAACACUGUUGUGCUAUAUUAUGAAUUUGUACAUUUUGUAUAAUAUGUCAGUUUGUUAUUGUAAAUGAUGUGCUGUUUAGGGUCAACUUGUUUAUUUUUCCUCUUUACACCUGAACAGCCAUACAAAUGCAAAGCCAUAAUGUAGAACUUCCCGUCAAUAUAAAAUAUUUUGUACAUUUUCAAGUAAAUGUGAAAGUGUAUUGAUACAAGCCUCUGUCCAAGUUUAAUUGGGAUCUAAACAACAAAAACAAAGCAUCGGUAGUGAGUUCCAAGAUUCAGAAGCAUAAAAACACCUGCACAAAUAUCUUCUGUUUCACUAUUACAUAAUCAGUAAAAACUCAUUCUGUGCUUUGAAUGUAAUAUUUGAAGUGAAACAGCCACAAUCAAUUUUUGGACUUAGUAUUUUAGUAUUGUCCUGGGCUGCGUUUCCCAAAAGCAUCAUAAGCUUAAGUUCAUCGUAGCUCCAUUGGUUUCAAUGGGUCUUCGAUGUACUUAGGCUUACGAUGCUUUUGCGAAACACAGCCCUGAUUGAUCUGUAUGUUUUGAAGAAUCAAUUGCAGUAUGUUUAACAUGUAGCUGAUUAUAAUAAUGUAAUGUAUAAAAUAUACAUAGUUUUGAUCCCAUGAUAACUGUUUCAGAAGAGAUUAAAAUGAUCAAAAAACAAUUAUGGUUUAUUCAGGAUAAUUUGGACAUUUUUUCCAGUCAUUUCAAUGCCAAACCUUUCCCAAUUUACCUGAAUUCACUGCUAUCAAAUAAGAUUAAAACGUUUCCAAACAUGAAAAUCCUAACUAUUUUUCUAUUUGGUGACCUGGUUAGGUUGUUUACCUUGUGAUAAAACAUAUCACAAAGUAAAUAACAUUUCAAAGGCUGCUUCGAUAUAGAAUAAGGCCAACAUAGAAGCUUCAUCUAUCAACACAGUUUCCACUUAUUCACAAGAAGAACUUCUAUUAUUAUUAUUAUUUGCUAGAAUUAUUAAACAUAUCUGAAAGCAAUAAGAAAACUUCUCUAAGAUUACAUUUAAAAAAAAAAGCUUUAAAACAGGUGUUAUAGAAUUUCUCAAUUUUUAAGUCCCUUUGAAGUAAAUGGUCCCCCAUUAAAAUCUUUUUACAAUACAAUACACUUUUUGAUGAUGUCCAUUAAGAAGUUACAAUUUUUGACACAUAUCUUUUCUGGCUUUGUUUUGAAAAUAAGUACUUGGGUUUUGGUUUGUUCAGCUGUAAACAGACAAAGCAUCUGUCACUUUCUCAAAGCUAUAUCUCGUGUUUACAUAAGUGUUAGCAUGUAUUUAAAAGGCGUAUGAGGUGCAGGGUAGAUGCAUAACCGGACCGAGUGAACAGAGACUCCUCAGUGCUCUCGAGUUCUGUCCUCAUGGAUUGGCAUUUGCAUCUGCUUCUUUCUUUGCUUGUGGUGUUUGCUGUUGAAGCCACCACCACAAAGCACAUGAAGGACUUUAUCAGAGCUGUGGAGAGCAUUGAAGCUGUGAAUCCAGGUCUUCAGAUGCUCGAUGUGGUGAAAGGUCUACGUAAGGCUGCUGGCUUUGAAACCGAGCUCAUCAAGCGAUACCUCGGUGACCUCAGUGAUGCACAUGACCUUGUGGCAGAAUCAUCAGUCACUUCCUAUGUAAGCAAGGUCAUUAAUCACAGCCUGUCAGAGUCUGGUAAGGAGAAAGGUGUGGUUCUCACGUUAGAUGGUUCAAAUGUGGCGCUGGCCCCAAUGCUCCUCGGACUUGAGGCUGGGCUGCAGUCCACCGUCCAAGGCCUUUACCCUUUAACCUUGACCCACAACCUGGUCGCCUCAUUUAUACAUCACGUCCACAAUGAGCAAACCACUGUUCCUUUUGGCACUAAAGGGUUCUGGGAUAGCAUUUCAUCCCCAAAGGUCUACACUCUUUCUGAUUUGCCCUCCUUGGCCACAGACGCUCUAAUAAUCGGAGGUAUAGACGGGUUCAUUCUCGGGUCAGAAGUUUCCACGUCUAACCAUUGUGAGCGAUCACUGAGUGACCUGCUGAAGAGUUACUACAGCCACCAGCCUGAUGCCGCAGGGUUGGACGCAUCGCCCCGUCUGAUCAGUCAGAAACGAAGGAUGAAUUUCAAAAAGAUCGUCAGUUUCUCUUUGCUGAAAAGCCAGAUGGUCCAGGCUCUAACAGUUCGCCGCAACUUAAACGAGUCUGAGAGGAAGAGGCUGGAUGACGUUAUGAAUGAAGGGUUUGACCUGUUUGUUCAUGUGUAUGCUGUCUGUCCCAACAUCAUUACAAGGUCUCAAUGGGGAGCAGCAGCUUUCAUUGGUUCUCCCUCCUAUCUGUCUCUCCCUGUGCCGUACCUUUUCAUCCACCACACAUAUCAACCCUCCAAGCCUUGCACCACCUUUGAUCAAUGUGCCAGUGACAUGCGCUCCAUGCAGCACUACCACCAGCAAACCAAUGGAUGGUCUGACAUUGGAUACAGUUUUGUUGCAGGUUCUGAUGGAAACCUGUAUGAAGGCCGUGGCUGGAAUUGGGUCGGUGCCCACACUUAUGGGUACAACUCUAAAGGCUAUGGUGUCAGCUUUAUUGGAGAUUAUACCUCCACCCUCCCCAUCAAGAGUGUGAUGGACAUGGUGAGGUACGACUUCACAAGCUGUGCUGUGAACGGUGGUCGAUUGUCUUCAUCUUACUCCUUAUAUGGACACAGGCAAGCUACUUCCACUGACUGCCCAGGAAACUCCUUCUACCUUGAAAUCCAGACAUGGGAGCGUUACCAGAGUUAUUUGCCUUGAGGACUGUGGCAUCAACAAUGAACGCAAUCAGCUAAUUGUGUCUCUGGAAAUCAGUACAUGUAUUACAUGUACCUGUCAUAAUAAAUGCAUAAUAAAUUCC